UAUUCAUUAAUCUUCAUUACAGUUUCAUUACAGCGAAAUGUUUACUAACCGACCAAUGAAGUUCUUCUAUUUUCGCUUGACUAAUUUCCUGUAAUUUAACGAUAAUUACACAGCAAUUGGACAAUUUGUCUGCAAUUGAUUCUGAAUGGGGAUGGACGUUUUAUAUACGGCAAGGAAUCAAUUCCGAUGCAAGCGUGGCAAGUAGUCGACGUUGAGGGUUGCCUGUACUAUGCCUUCCUUCCAGCAAAUCCAUCAAAACUCUCAGAAUGUGAAAAAACAGUCGCAAAACCAACAGAUGAUACCCUAAAGAACAAUGAUGACGCGGAAGAAAUUUUUAUGAUUCCAGCUGAUAACGAGGCAAGCGACAAUCUAUCCCCUAUUAAAAUAAAAAAGGAAGAUAUGGACGAUGUUUCAUCGACGAACGAAGAUCACUAUGACGACACCAAUGUCUAUGCUUGCGAAGAGUGUAACAUCUGUUUUCCGGUGAUGCAGAUGCUAAAACGACACAGAAACGCUGUUCACGAACAAGCCCAGCGCUACAAGUGCAAAGUCUGUUUCAAAAUAUGUCGCAGUCUGGUCGCCUUCAAGAUGCAUGUCGCUUUGGAGCACAAAACUGAAGAGGAAGAAGCAAAGGAUGUCAAAAGUCUAACGUAUGCCUGCAACUUCUGCAACUACGAAAGUACAAACAAAUCUACGCUUCAUUCUCACAUUAGUAGAAAACACUCGACCAAACGUAUAGGUAGAAGACAAAAUAGCUAUAGGUACUCCACAGAACCUGAAGAGUACUCUUGCGACGUAUGCGAAUUUAAAUGCCAGAAUAGACGUAGAUUAAAGGAACAUUUAGAACGUAAGCACGCGUCAGAAUAUAAAUACGAUUGCGAAUAUUGUGGCAAAAAGUUCAAAGUCAAAGGUGACAUGAGGUUACACAUACGUUUUAAACACAAAGAAGGACCCAUAGUUUGCGACGUGUGUGGGAAAACGUGCUCGAAUAGUAACUCUCUGUAUGUACACCAGAAGUGGGCACAUUUCAAACCAAAGUACGAGUGUGAAAUUUGCAAAAGACGUAUGGUCACUCAAGAGAAUCUCGAUCAACACAUUUUGCUGCAACACGAGAGACGGGAGAGUUUCGUCUGUGAAGAAUGUGGAAAAUCAUUCACAGAGAAUCAUCGAUUAAAACAACACAUGAUGACGCAUACUGGGGACAGACCUUACGAUUGCCACAUAUGUGGUAAAGCUUUUGCGCGUCGCACGGCUUACAGGCAACACUUGCUUAUUCAUACGGGUAAACGACCAUAUCUCUGUGAUAUUUGCGGUAAAACGUUCACGCAGAAGCCUGGCCUGAUUUGUCACCGAAAAUCACAUCCUGGAGUGCAUCCUCCAUUGCCAGUGGUGCAUAUAGAACAUAUUCUUAGCGACUUUAUGAAGAAAGAAUGAUUUUAUCGUGGGAAUAGACGCGUGUGUCGUGCACAUUUAAUGAUGAACUGACGUUAUAAAACAUGGAAGUUGAUCUUCUUAAUCCAGCUAUUUUUAAACUUACUACAUACUUGAUAUUUCUUUGGAAUGAUCUAAUUCGUUCCUCGUUCAAAGUCUAACAUUACUCUCAGUGACUGAGUAAUUUCUAAAGCUGCAAUUUGUAUUUUCAUGAAUUGCAGAUAUCAAGUUACUUAAUGCUUUAUCAAUUAAUAAUAUUAGCGAGUGAUUUAUGAUUUCUAAUUUCAACUUUGUGUUAGAGUUUUUCUUAUUUUCCUAAUAUUCCUAAUAUUCAAACCCUAUUGAAAUGGAAACUCUGAAUUCAAUUGAAAUGGGGACCAGAUUGAGGCAUUAAAAAUUCGACGGUUGUGGCAGAGUCAAAUGGACUGGAAAAAUGACUUUCUUGCAGAAGGAUGUGAAGCAGUAUGAAUACCUGCUGUCAGAAAUAGACUUUCCUCAUGAUCAUCCUUCUGGAGGAAUUAUAUACAUAUCUGGAUUAAGAAAAAGAUUCUCGUGUUCAUCAUAUCAGAAGAUUUUAUAUUAGUUAAUUAAAUUAACUUCAAUUUGUUGAAUCAAUUGUAAGAUCAGUAUAAAGCAAAAAUCGAUCUUCCUCGAUUCGUUAUUAACACGCUGUGUCAUUAAUUGUAUUACAUUCUUAUUAAUCGAGAUGGAAAAUUACGAAGGGGAAAUCUUAAAUUCUUAAUUCCCAGUUAAUUUUUCACUUAAUUUCAAUUAUCUAAUUUUUAUGGUUAUGAUUUUAUUAUAAUCCGAACGUGAACGUCGAUGUUUGUAUUUUAAUAUUUUCAAACAUUUAUUUUCCCAUGCUUUCAUUCAUUUUCGUGUACAUACUCCAUCCGUAAAAAAAAAUAUAUAGUUUUAUACGAUUCGUUUCUACCAGAUUAUGUGAUUAUUGUAGAAACGAAUCAUUUGGGGGAAUGAAUAACAAGAUGCAUUGUGAAAUAUAUUGUAUACAAGAUGAGAUUAUAAAAAUUUAUUUUGAGCACAAUCUCGUGGAAAAUAUAUAUUUUUCUUAACUAUCGUACAAAGUUCUCCAUAAUUGUCUAUCAUUACCUAAAAUAAAAUAACAAUUAAUUUUUA